AUGAAUGGUGACAACUUCCACGAAUGGUUUAAGUCAAUUCUUCCACGCCUUGAUCCAAACUCGGUAAUUGUGAUGGACAAUGCCCCGUAUCACUCGGUCAGGACAGAAAAAAUACCGACAUCCAGCACAAAAAAAGAAGACAUUAUAUCGUGGUUAAUUUCAAAAAACGUUGUCAUUGACCGAAAAAUGUUUAAACCACAAUUACUGGCGAAGGUCAAAGAAAUAAAGGGGCAGUAUAUGUCAUAUGUUGUCGACAGUAUGGCCAAAGACGCCGGGCAUAAUGUAUUGAGAUUACCACCCUACAAUUGCGAAUUGAACCCGAUAGAAUUGGCAUGGGCAAUGGUUAAAGGCUACGUCAAACAGCACAAUACGACAUACAAAAUCGAUGACGUUAAGCUCCUUCUGAACACGGCCGUUGAACGGGUCACCAGCGAAAAUUGGCAAAAUUUUCUUCAACAUGUCAAAACAGAGGAGGAUAAAAUGACAGAAGUAGACGAAAAUAUGGAUGAAAUUAUAGACAAUUUAGAACCCUGUGUCCUCACCAUAACAGGCGAUACUUCCGAUUCUGACGAUGACUUGUAA